UAACCUUAUUCAGCAAUAGCGAACCACGGGAGAUGGGGUCUCUUGGACGGAGACUCCAGGUAUUCCAAGUUACAUUUUUGCUGGGGUCAGUAUUCUGUCCACAUUUCUACUACUCGAAUCCUAACAACUGCUUUUCUACUGACAAUUUUCAUGGAGGAUAUUACUCAAGCGGUGUCCUGCGCAGGCUCCAGAACACGGGUCCCUUCACUUGUGUUAGAGAAUGCCUGCUGAGGAGGAGCUGUCACUCUGUAGACUACCAGUCGGACGGUGGUCGGUGUGAACUACUCUACUUACUGCCAGAACAUAGGAGUAUUACCAUUCCACCCGACGGCCAGCUACACAUAGAGAAGACACAGAUUUAUCCAAUGUACUCGGUGGUAAAUAUCCUGCCGUGUCAUGACACUACAUGUGGAGAAUAUGAAAGAUGCCAAGUUCUGUUUGAUAACAGUACUGUCUGCACCACGACAGAAUGUAGCCCUCUCAAUGUCUCUCGGUUGUGGACGGCAGAUGUUAACAGUACACUAGCUGUGGGUGAGGAGGUUAACUUCUACUGUUCUAAUGACCCGUCCCUUCUUAUGGCCACAGUAAAGUGUCGUCAAAGUGGGUUGUGGAAAAUAACACAACGAUCUCUAGCAAACACACAUCAGUGCAACCGGAUUGAAUGUUUGAAACACCAAGAUGCCGUCUACAACAACAAGUCGUACGGAUGUUAUUCGUUCACCAACAAAAGAAAAUCAUAUAAAGAUGCAAGCACAUAUUGUCAGUCUAUGUCACCGCACAGCCAUUUGGUGCUUUUAGAUUCUGCAGAAAAGGUUCGAGAUUUAAAAGAUGUCCUCCCUCCAUAUGUAUCCCCUAUGAUAUUUAUUUGGGUUGAAGGACUCUAUAGCCAUGAAACUAAAACCAUAGAUAUAUGGAAUGGAUCCAUUUCAGUUCAGAACCUGCGGAACUUGCAAGCAUAUGCAAAUAUCGACCUCACCAAUUCCGGAUGUCUUUCGUUCAGUGCUUUGUAUGAAGAGAUCCACGUUGAUAAAAAUUGUGAUGACAAAUACUUGUCCGUAUGUGAAAUAGACAUAAAUAAUUACAGAUUAUAAAGUGGAUCAUGAACUCCGCAGUCCAAAAUUCCAAAUAAUGUGUUUUUCACUUUCAAAUGUAUUUAUUUACACCAUAUCAUCAUUUAAGAAAACAAUCUUAGAGGUUUGAAGUAUAUUUCUGUUUUUUUUUUUAAAUACCGAACACGUUACCCACCAUCAUGGCAGUCAGUAAAUUUUCGAGGUGGCCCAUGACAACAAAUUAUAAAAUUCCUUACAUACUACAGCAGUUUUGAAAUACUGUAGAUUCCUUAUUUUACGCGACUACUUAUUUCCGCGAUUCAAUCGUUAUCUAUCAAAUCGCGAGAAUAUAAAUUGUGAACGCCGAAUUUUCAUCAAAGUUCCAUUUAGUUUAUAAUUAUUUGUUCGAAAAAUCCGCUUUUCGCGGAUAUUAAUUCCUAGCGUUUAAUUAAGAAUCUACAGUAAUUGCAAGUUCAUUUAUGAAAUAAAAACACCAAAUGAUGUUACUCUCAAUAAAUAAACAUGGACAUGUAGUAUUAAAGAUACAGAAUAAAUAAUGUUAAACACUUUUA